AUGAAAUUCAAAUGUCGACUUUGUACAAGAUGCGUGGAACCUUUUCUUAUUUGCGACUGUGAAACUUGGGCUUCGAGAAGCAAGGAUCUUAAAGUGCAACAGAUAGCCCAAUUGCGAAUGAUGAAAAGAAUGCCUGGUGUUACUCUUCUCAUGCAUCGUACGAAUAUGUGGUUGGAAAAUACUGCAAAACUCUCAGAUAUCAGGGCUAGAGCGAUUGAAGGAAAAUGGACAUGGGCCAGAAAGAUGUGUGUUGCAAAACACAACAGAUGGAUGAAGGCGAAUGACGCCCGUGGAUUUGGAAGCGACAAUCUGGCCGACCAAAAACAAGAUGGCGACACUGGUUCGUAUUGGAGUUUGGAUGAACAUGGAUGCGAACCGCCACAGCUGAUGUGA